AUCGAGGGCUUCCUCUCCCAUUUUUAUCGUUCCAUUUUUCCUCGAAUUCUCUGCCAAUUUUGCAAUCCCUUUGUUGCAGAGAUUAGACAAAGAAACGAAGAAGAAGAAGAAGCGAUGCGAAAGUGAAGGACUUUUGUUACGAACCCAAGAAUCAAUGGCUUCCUUUUUUUACAAUCAGGUACGCGAUUCUUAUUCUUGUUCUGGUAAUAAACUCCGUGGAUGCUCCAAGGCUCAGGCUUGUCUAAAUAAGAUUAUUCACAUAAUCUUAUCUGUUCCGCCAUGUGAAAUCCCAAAUUCCUUGCUUCGUGAUAAAAGAGGGUUGGAUAUUGACUUGAACUUGAGGUUGGGUUCUUCUCUUGAGAGUGAGAAAUCUGAGUCUUUGGCGGAGAAUAGCUUCGUGGGCAAAGAGAAAGAAACCGAGAGCAAUUCUUCUGUUGGGGUUGAAGAAGUGAGUCGAGAUGGAGAAGAGGCGGAGGCAAUUGCAGAGAAAACGACACCGGAGGCCUCUUCCGACAUCACGGAUUUGCAGAAAGUGGAAAUGCGAGUCGAGAAGGGCGUGGAAAGGGGUGACGGUAACGGUGGCGACGUCACCACCAACGCACCGUUUCCGAAGAAACGGCGCAGAUGUGACGAUUCGUUGGCUCUGCUUAUCGAGGCGGCGGAGAUGAUCUCUGAUGAUCAGGUGGGUUCACCAGAACAGGACCAAAAAGUUGCCCAGAGUGAAGCGGUCAAAAGUGGGUCAAACUCAAAGAAAAACAGUUCGACCGACGGCGACGAGUGUGGAAACGGUGACUUCGAGGAUAUUUCGCCGGUGGUGAGAUCGCGAAGGGGAAGGAGUCAAGUGUUACCGUACAGAUACAGAGACUCUGUUCUGGAGCCGUUAAGGCGACCACAGAGAUCAGCCAUGGUUCCAAAGGAAAAACGUAGGUCGUCCAAGUAAAAAAACAGUUAUGUAUUCGAAGAUUUUUAUGAAUUACUGCAUAAGUGGCAGAUGAAAACCAGAGCCCUGUGGUAAUGUUUUGUCUCUUGUUGUUGUUGUUUUUUUUUUGUUUUGUUUUAUAAGGGUAAUGGCCAAUAGUUAAGUUAGAAAAAAUUAGUAAUUAAGGAUUUCAUCCUCAUAACAGAUGAUCUUUCAUCUUUAGUUGAAGUGCGUUACCCAUUAGACCGCACGAUGAAGUUUCGUUUCUUGUUUAUUUUCCUUUUGUGUGUAUUUUUUUUAUCCAGAGACAAGAGCUGUUGAAUUUGAGAAUGAGUAAGAGAAAAUGAAUAAUAUAUUGUUGC